GCUCUCUCGCACGCCGCCAUUUUGAAGUGACGAGUUGAAAUCCCUUGUUGUAGAACGAAAAUGAUGCCACGCGAUCGAUUCCGGAACCGUGGUGGUGGAGGAGGUGGUAUGGGAAUGGGUGGUAUGGGGAUGGGUAUCUAUCGUCGUGGAAACGGUGGACGUGGAGGAGGGAUGCCGAAUUACCGGGGGUCGGGUUUCAUGGAUUCUAAUCGGGGUCCCCAUCAAAAUCAGCAGCAGGCCUCUCAGCAACAAAAACCACAAGAGAAGCCGUCCGUCCAACAACCGCAGAAGCAGCCGGUUUCUGCUCCGGAGCCCCAGAAACCCGCACAACAACCACAGGCCGCAGCCAAGCCCCAGGUGACUCCGGUUUCUCAGCCUCCGGCCCAGUCCCCGCAGUCCAAGCCCGCCCAAUCCCCACAACAGAAACCAGUCAUCACUCCCCAACAGCAGCAACAGACCCAGCCCGGCCCUGCCAAACCAGCGAUCCAGUCACCACCUCCGCAGCAACAAAAGCCGCCUCAGCAACAGCCGCAGAAACCAACGCCGCCUAACAAUGCGUCUCCUCAGACCAAACCUUUCCAGCCCCCUGUCCAUCACCAACAGCAGAGGCCUAGGCCCGGGCAGAAUCCAAAUCAAAUCGGACAGAAGCGGCCGCACCAGUCCCGCUUCCAAUCUCAGCCCCCGCCCCAACCCGAGCAAACUCCUAGUGAGACCAAAGUAAACCUUUCGGAUGGGCCUGAAUGGAACGAUGGUGUAAGGGCCACACUUUCACUUCUGAAAAGGCCUGGAGAGAAGACCUACACUCAGCGCUGCCGGCUAUUUGUGGGCAAUCUCCCGACUGAUAUAAACGACGAUGAGUUUAAGAAACUGUUUGAAAAAUACGGGGAACCAGGAGAGGUGUUCAUUAACAAAAGUAAAGGCUUUGGCUUUAUUAAACUGGAAACUCGCGCAUUCGCAGAAAUAGCGAAAGCAGAGCUUGAUGACUUGCCGAUGCGAGGAAGACAACUACGUGUACGGUUUGCAACACAUUCAGCUGCCUUGUCUGUACGCAAUCUAUCUCAGUUUGUUUCUAACGAGCUACUGGAAGAAGCCUUUAGCCAGUUUGGACCAGUGGAGAGAGCUGUAGUAAUUGUGGAUGAUCGAGGGAGGUCAACUGGAAAAGGAAUCGUUGAGUUUGCAGCAAAACCAGCAGCCAGGAAGGCACUUGAAAGAUGCACUGAUGGAGUUUUUCUUCUGACCACUACACCAAUGCCAGUUAUGGUCGAGCCCCUUGAACAAUUUGAUGAUGAAGAUGGGUUGCCUGAAAAGCUUGCGCAGAAGAAUCACCUUUACCAAAAGGAGAGAGAGGUUCCACCAAGGUUUGCCCAACAUGGGACUUUUGAGUUUGAAUAUUCUCAGAGGUGGAAAUCUUUGGAUGAGAUGGAGAAACAGCAACGGGCACAGGUGGAGAAAAACAUGAAGGAGGCAAAAGAAAAGCUUGAAAGUGAGAUGGAAGAUGCAUAUCAUGAACAUCAAGCUAAUCUCUUGCGUCAAGAUUUAAUGAGGCGCCAAGAAGAACUCAGACGCAUGGAAGAGAUUCACAAUCAAGAAAUGCAGAAGCGCAAAGAAAUGCAACUCAGGCAAGAGGAGGAGCGUCGCAGGAGAGAGGAAGAAGUGUUGCUUCGUCAGCGAGAAAUGGAGGAACAGAUGAGGCGCCAGAGAGAAGAGGGCUAUCGUAUGAGUUACAUGGACCCACGGGAACGAGAUAUGCGCAUGGGAGCAAGUCAAAUGGCCAUGGCAGAUCCCUAUGCAAGCCAAAAGUAUCAACAGCUUGGAGGAGCUGCUAUGGGCUAUGAAAGCAGCCCUGGUGUAGCACAAGCUACCAUCGGCUCAUCAAUGAUGGGUGGAGACAUGCGCAAUGAGCGCUUUGUCCAGGGCAAUGCAGGAACUCCUAAUGCCCAAAAUUCUAGAGGGAUUGGGACUGUACCACCUGCAGCAGCAGGGGCUGGAAGCUAUGGGAGGGGGAGGGAAGAAUAUGAAGGGCCAAACAAAAAGCCCAGGUUCUAGGUUUCUUUCACUUUAAAUCUAUUCCCAUUGUUUAUUUUGUUAAGUUUUUAACUCUUGCAUUUUAGUAAGAAGCAUUUUUUAUGGAUGCUCAGAUGCUUGACCCAGUAUUUGUGAAGCACGUUAAUUGUCCAAUACUGUUCUGGUAAUGUUUCACAAAGCUUUCCCCUUCCCUUAUUUUAUGGCAGUGUAUUGAUUUUUUUUGCCCCAUACCCCUUUUUUUAUUUAACUGUGCCUGUAAUCAAUCACAGCUGUAGUUUGCUCCAGAAACUAAGAACUUGCUCAGAAAUAAAUAUUGGGCUGAUCAUGAAAUGUUUUAAAAGACCACUACCAAGGCUUGCUUCAGAGGUUUAAUGCGGUGGCAGGCUUAAAUGGCAUAUGUGCAGCCAAAGCAAGUCUGCCAUACUGCUGGUUCUGUAAAGAAUGGAGUUUUACAAAGCUGUGAUUUUCUGUAUAAUGGAACUUAUCUGCAAAUGCCAGUGGGUUUGAAGGGCAGGGCUGGAAAUAUCCUUUAUUCUCCCUGUGUAUCUGAGCAUUUUGUGGCCUGAAAGAAGCUUCAUAAAACUGUCUUUGUAACAGGCUGUAUUAACUUCUGAAUAAAAUGUCAAUAUGGAAAA